GACCAAAAUCACUCUUUCAGACUAAGAAAAACGUCACAAAAAUAGCAACAUUCAGCGAAAAUAAAAAUAGCAAUUUUUAUUUUUAUUUUAAUUUAUUUCAUUCUUUCAAUCUCACCAUAAUCAUCAUCAACAUCAUUUAAAUUUCAAAAAAAUCAUUUCUUUCUCUCUGUUUUUCAUUUUUCAAAUCCUUUUGUGAAAGAAAAAAACAACAACAAUGGCGCCAAGAGGAAGACCACUCAAAAAGACUGGUAAUACGAGAAUGGAUGCUGCUUUGGAUGCAAUGCGACAGCUUGGAUUUAGGAAAAAACAUGUUCAGAAAACGGUUGAGGAGCUUCUUCAUGUUUAUGAAGGAACUCAAGGAUGGCCCUUUAUUGAAGAGGGUUCUUAUAAGCUGUUAAUUGAAACUUUACUUAGCAAUCAACUAAUUUGUGUUGAUGACAAGGGUGAUAAAAGAAGGAAUGAUGUUGGUGAGACAUCAUCAGCUGCUACUCUCACAAUUGGAAUGAUUGAAGUUGGCUCUUCUCGUCUUGUAGAUCAUGACUCCUUAUUGUGUGCUAGUGAUGAUUUGAACUCUACAUCUCAAACAAAUGAUUAUCAUCAUGAUUCUGCUCUAACUAUCAUUCGAGAAAAAGAAGCUGAUAAUAAGGAUACUGAUGUGCCAACUAAGAGAGGUGGAAAUCAACAAGACAUUAGUGUAAAAUCUAAAAAUGAUCCAAAGCCAAUGAACAAUGUAAAAGAAAGCAAUCAUGAAACAUCUGCUAACAAUGUUGAAACCACUAUUAUGAAGAAUUCUAUGAUUGAAUCCUCAAAAACAAGUGACAAGCUUCCAUGCAAUAGACGUAGACGCUGUCAUGGAUGGAUUGGUAGUGAUGAUAAUGUGGACCUUUUAUACUUUCCUCCUCCAUCAUUACCAAAACAUAUAGAGAAAAUGAUUGGUAAGAUGGAAGGUCCUCAGAUACAAAGGCGCAAGAGUAGAUGGGAUGAAAAACCAGAUGAUAAUAUGUAAAUGUUAAAUUUGUUGGUUGAUGAAUCUCUUAGGCCUUGUUUGGUUUUGUUUUUGUAUGUAAGUUAUGGUAUAUUGGUGACAGGAAGCUAUUUUUGUUCAUGAGACUUUAAAGAUGAAUAUUGAA